ACGCGGAUUAUUGAUGGAGAUUUGGAACACGUCCCAGUUGAAGUGCUGCUGCUCCAGAGGACGUGUGCAAUGCUUCUGGAUCUCUACACGUUCCAUAUCAUCCUGAAAUGACCUGGUUCUGCUAUGGCGAGAGGUCUGUUCACACGGGCCUGCAUGUGCAUGAACAAGUUCUACCACUUCCAGGUCCGGCUGUCGUACGUUCGGGUGAAGUACCUGUUCCUGACCUGGUUGGCUGUGUUCGUGGGGGGCUGGGUGGUGUACGUCCAGUACUCCUCCUAUACCGAGCUGUGCAGAGCCCACCAGUGCCACACCACCAUUUGUGAUAAGUACAGCUCGGGCGUGAUCGACGGCUCAGCCUGCAGCAGUCUGUGUGAUAAAGACUCGCUGUACUUCAGGAGAUGCCUCUCCACCAGCCCCAACAACCAGGUUUACACGGCGAGCUGGGGGGACGCGGACGCCGUGAUCAGGUGCCGCCUGGGUUACGUGCUGCACUAUGAGCUGGGAGAGGAGCUGGAGCCCCGAAAGGAGCCGGCGCUCUUCGACAAACCCACCAGGGGGACGUCCGUGGAGAAGUUCAAAGAGAUGGUCCACGGGCACCUGAAGGUGAAGGUGGGCGAGCAGGCCGACCUGAGCGGGUUGGUCUCUCUGAUCCUGACGUUUGCAGACUCCGACCACGACGGUCACGUGUCUCUGGCGGAGGCGCGGUCGGCCUGGGCUCUGCUUCAGCUGGACGAGGUCUUACUCAGCUUGGUCCUGAGGAACCGCGGGCACACGCCCAAGCUGCUGGGCUUCUGCGGGGACCUGUACGUGGUGGAGCGGGUCCCGUACACCCCGCUGUACGGUCUUAACCUCUCGACGUCCUCCCGGUCGUGGAUCCCGGGCGCGCUCGGCCGCGCCGUCGACCGUUUCCUCGCGCCGUCCUGGCCGCACAAGGCCAAGAUCGCCAUCGGACUGCUGGAGCUGGUGGAGGACGUCUUCCACGGCCAGUUCGGCUCCUUCCUGCUGUGCGACAUGAGCCCGGCGAGCUUCGGAUACACCGAGCGCUACGAGCUCCGCCUCCUGGACAGCCGCCACGCGGUACCCGAGGAGGCCUUCAGAAGCGCCAUGCGGGUACGGCCGUGCCGGCAGGACUCGGACUGCGUUUACAGCGGCGCCUGCGGGGCCACGUGCCGCCCGGCCGAGCGGCGCUGCGACCCCGAGCCCAGCCGACCCAACCUGGCGCGGGCGUGCAGCGCGCUGGAGGACUUCCUGCUGCAGGGGGCGGCGGCGGAGCUGCGGGGCGAGCUGGAGCGCCAGCUGAACGCCUGCACGCGGCUGAAGGGUUCCAGCCAGCAGAUGGAGAUGGAGCACUCGCUCAUGCUGAACAACCUGAAGAUGCUGCUGUGGAAGCAGAUCUCGCACACUAACGACUCCUAGCUGCGCUAAAGCACCACUGUGAACGGAACGCGGUACGAACCGAUUGGGAUUGAUUUUUUCGGUGGGAUUAAAGCCGGCCUGCAAUCUGAUGUAAGUCUUAAAUCGUAUUAGGGGUGAAACUACAUAGAGAUACGGGAAGCUAACAGUACUUUAUAAUCCUGGUGAGCCCGAGACCCAACCAGAAUUCGGUUGGGGUGCUGAUUUAAGCCUCUUUAGUUCAUUUACUACAGUCGAGCUGUAAAAACACUAUAGUUUUGAACAUUUAUAUAUUUAUUCAUCCUGGUCAGGGUCGCAGUGGGUCCGAUCCGAUGGGUGAUGGACCGGCGACCCUUCCGAGGGGCACAUCACGGGACACAAACACACUCGCAUUUGGGGUUAUUUCGAGUAGCUCUAGUUGGCAGGACCGCAUGUCUUUGAACUCAUGGGAGGAAACCGGAGCACCCGGAGGAAACCCACAGGGAGAACAUGCGAACUCCACACAGAAAGAACCCUGUCUGUCCGUCUGGGGAAUCGAACCCCUGCCCUUUUUCCAGAUACAGUGUUUUGCUCUAGCAGGACCACGUCAGAUGCAGAUGCUGUUUGUGUCUUUCAUACAUUUUAUUGAUCCUGGUCAGGGUCGCGGUGGGAGCAUUAAACACCUUGGACAGGUCACCAGUCCAUUAAAAGCUCAUUUUUAGCAGCUUCACUCGGCCAGACUGCAUGUCUUUGCACUUGUGGGUGGAAACCGGAGCACCCGGAGGAAACCCACAUGGAGAACAUGCAAACUCCAUAAGAAAGGACCCUGCCUGUCCAGCUGAAGAAUCAAACCCCUCCCUAACGUCAGGUGUCCAGAUAGUGUUCUUUUUCUAGCAGGAGAGUUUAGUCUUUAUUUUAAAUAGUGCCAAACGUGUUCUAUCUGAUGGUUGUAUUAUUAACGCCUCUUUCGUUCUCACGAUGGGGAGAAAUGAAGAAUUUAGUAUCAUUUGCUGACUGUAGAAAACUGAAGGAUUUUCUUCACAACUGUGAUCGUACGUCGUUCUCUCACUCACCCCAGAGCCUCGGUUUGCAUGCUGUCAUGAAAUGGGAUUAUUUUACAUAUAUUGGGGGGUAAAGGGAACAUUUUAAGUGUUUGUAUGAACAUUUCUGCUGAUACCGAAACCUCUGGUGGCUGCUGGACGUUUGUACCAUUUUCACCAAGCGUUUUUGUAUUUCUCAAACUGACGAUCAGAUUUACAUCCCUCGCUGUAAGUCACCGCUGCUGGUUUAAAAAAAAAAAAAAAAAAAAAAAAAAAAAAAAAAGAGUCUAUUUUAAAAGAAAUGCAUGACUUUGCACAUUAAAUAAUAUUUUCUGGUGCCUGGUUGUGGUUCUUUGUCUCUGUAAUAAAGAUUUCAUUCUGGUCUUGAAGAUACAGCUCACUGCCUAGGACAGGGGCACCAAAAAAAAAACAAAGCCGGAGUUCAUAGCUGAGACAUUCAGUCGGCCUUCAGAAUUCAAUGCAAGGAUUAAAGGUGUAAAGAGCAUCAAGCCGGGACCCCUGAACAGGAUUUUCUUCAGGGGAGAGUUAACGCAGGUUUUUCAAACAAGCGAGCCACAUUUUGUCCAUGAUUUUUACC